ACUGCUACGCCCCCGGAGAAGGAUAAGACUCCUCUCCUCCCAGAAAUUUUGCAGAAGAAAGGAAGAAAUGGCGCUAGCUCUAUCCAACACUUUCCUCCAGCGGAAACCCUCCCCUUCCGUCCUCCCCGUCAAGGUGAAGAGUGGUGCGGGAACCAGCAGUGGAUCCCCGCAGUGGACGUGCAGGAAGAAGGAUAUACACCCGGAGUUCUAUGAGGACGCGAAGGUGUACUGCAACGGGGAGCUUGUUAUGACAACCGGUGGUACCCAGAAGGAGUAUGUGGUGGACGUAUGGUCUGGCAACAAUCCUUUCUAUUUGGGCAACCGCUCGGCCAUGGUCGUCGAUGCCGAUCAGGUCGAGAAGUUCCGUAAAAGGUUCGGCGAGCUCUCCCAAAUCAUGGAGAUUCCGGUGCUCAAGUAUGGUGAGAUCGUCCUCCCCAGCAAGCGCAAGGCUGCUGGCAAAGGCAAGAAGAAAUAGAGAAGUUCAAAUUAUUUUUUGCCCUACCUGGCCCUUUCUUUUUUUGAAAUUUGGGGUUUUCCUCCGUUUCCUGUUCCAUACCUCACCCUUGUUUCAUAUCUACUUGUUUAAGUAUCACUAUUGUUAUUAGUUAAUGUGCUGAUUAAAUCAAUGGGUGAUUCUGUGCUGGUAUUUCCUGCCUCGGAACUUAUUGACAGUGGUAGAAUUAGGUCCAGCUUUGUAUGAGGGAAAAAAGGUGACAUCCACCAAUCUUUUUAGUUCUUCCAGCUGAAGUUUUAUCAGUUUGAUAUUUAUACAGGAGAUGAAUGAUGCCCGAUCUUGUUCCUCUCA